UGCCAACGCCCCCACAGACAGUCUUCGUCUUCUACGCACUCCACUUCUCCCACUGCAAGGUCCUCCUCCGUCCCUUCCAGUGUCCCUCUGUCUCUUCUUCUGCUCACAGGAGUUGAAUUUUGAUCUCACAGCAGCGAACCACCUUCACUCAGGAUGGGCUCCAGACCCCCUGGACUGCUGCUGCUUCUCUGCAGCCUCCUCCUCAUCUUGAAGUGUGCCAGAGGAGAGUCAUCAUACAUUAUAGAUACUGUUGGUCUCUCAAUCCUGCCUGACAAUGUUCAGAGUGGAACCAAGGUGAUGAUUCAUUGCAACGCAAGCGUCAGUUCCAGCAGCAUCUCUCAUCUGGAAUACCGUUUCAAGUUUAUGCGGGAUGGCGCCAAAAUCCACACAGCCAACACCACAAAAGACUUUACUUACUAUGAGAUCAACCCAGCCAGGGCAGUCGACUCGGGAAAUUACCAGUGCCAAGUCUCUGUGAAGAACAAGCGCAAGUUCAGCAACACCAAGACGCUUGAUGUCAAAGGCCUACAAACUCCCAUUCUUCAUCUUAAUAAUUCGACACCCUAUGAAAGUGAGGAGUUCAAAGUCACCUGCAGUGCUCCAGAUGAGAAAGGAGGUCUUACAUUCAACUUUUACAAAACAUUUAGAGAUGGACAGCCUCAGCGGAUAAAGAAGCAACAAAGCACUAAUAACUUUCUAGAGACCACUCUGACACUCAGCCACAUAGGGGACUGCUUUCUGUCCUGUGACUAUGAGAUCAGUUUGGUCUCAGGUCCCACAAGCUCUAACAUCAGCAAUGAGAUUCAAGUGGAAGUCAAAGAGCUCAACAUCAUCCCGGACAUGACUAUAUUACCCAACGAUAUCUAUGAACCAGAUAUAGUAGAAGUGACCUGUAAAGUAAAGAUUCAUUUAGCAGACAUUGAAAUAUUCCUUGUAAAGGACCGGACUGUUCUCAGUAGAACCACAGGUAAAACUCUCAUUCAUCGAUUUAGUUCGAAACCGACAGACUCUGGAGAGCUUGUUUGCAAGGCAGAGUGGAGAAACGUCCAAAAGGAAAACUAUAAAACCAUCAAAGUCAAAGAGGUAUUUUCAAAGCCCCAGCUGUAUUUGGAGCCCGUGGACCUGUUUGAAGAAGAACAAUUCAGACUUAACUGUUCAGUCAAGGUUUUUUUUCCUGAGAUGAUUGGUAAACCUUUGAAAUACCGCCUCUACAAAGAUGGCACCGAAUUGACCAGUUCAACUACAUAUAUUGCUGUUGCACACCCUAAUCUUAAUGGAAACUACUCCUGUAAAGUUGAGGGCAAUCGUAUUUCAACCCCUUUUUAUAAGGAGAGCGAAGCAGUUAUUGUUAAAGCUAAAGUUCCUGUUUCAGAUCCUGUGCUGAGUGUGGUCGGGGGCAAAAUAUUUAUAGGCAAGACAUUUCAACUGAUCUGUCACAGUCACACAGGCACUUUUCCCAUCAAAUACACCCUUUUUACACAUAAUGGGAAGAAGAUGAGCAGGGAGGUGAGCAGACCUGAGGACCGGGCUAUCUUUGACAUACUUCCAAUUUACAAGAGCUCCGAUUUAAAAACAUUUCUAUGCCAUGCAAGUAAUAAUCCACGUACACCUUCUAAAAGAGCUUUAGGGGAGCAUCUACUGAAGUCAACCAAUAUUAUUGAGCCCAUCUCAAAACCAGAGCUGACCAUUCAUCCCAGCCAGGACAUCACUGAGGGACAAAGUAUAAAACUCGUCUGCUCUGUACAGACAGGCAGUCGACCCAUCAACUUCACAUGGUACCACCAAGAGUCCAAUGGAGCACUGGCUUCCCUCUCAACCAAUAAACUAGAAGAAUACCACAGCAUAUCUAACGCCAGUAAAAAACACUCUGGGAAAUACUACUGCAUGAGCACAAACCCAGCUGAUGAAUCCAAAUGGAGUGAAUCUGUCACAAUCGAAGUGAAAAUGGCAGGGUGGAAGAAAACACUUAUCACUGUCUUCUGCUUCGUACUUCUCCUCAUCCUCUUCCUUGUGAUUGCCUUAAAAACACGGCUUUUUCAUUUUAAGAGGAAAAGAAAGGCUAACUUGUCAGUGAAGUCAGUCAGCACCAAAGUAGAGCGACUGAGUCUCACACAAGCUGAGGUCAUUGAUGCAAAUGCCACCCCAACCAUGAUGGGAAAAAGUGUUUGGAGUGACCAGGUCUCAGGUUCUGGUGGGUAUGAGUCGGAUGACCAGAACAGCAGCAUGUUACCAGAAAAAAAGGCUGAACCUGAAUAUACUGAGGUUCAAAUAAAAGACGCAGACCCAACCAGAGCUCCGGCGAAGCAGGGCACGGACAACAUCUACAGCGAAGUCCGCAACUCCCAGCAAGGUGUCCCAGAGGUGCCUGAUGGUAAACCAGUGGAAUACGCACAGCUGAAUCAUGACGGAAAUCACCAACCUGACAACAGUCGGGUCGUCGAUCAGAGCCUGAAGCGUGAAAACAUAACUGAUUCUGAAAAUAACACUGAUGUUUACACUGGUGACCCGGAGGAAGGAACCUGUGACCCUGCGCCUGACUGUUGAUGAGCCAACAAACGUAUUUGUUCCUCUUUUCACCCAUCGUGUUAUUGCAGCUGAUGUUUUUUGUUUUAACUAGAAGAAACUGAAACCUGUAACAUUGCACAAUUAUAGUCUUGUAUUAUUGCUGAAUUCUGUUAAAAGGUUCCUCUUUUUGAUCACAUGAAUAAAAUGUUUUGCUAUUAA